ACCCCGCAGGAGGAUUGGCCGUUGACAAUUCGCAUCAAUCACCAGCCCAGCGACAACAGCCAAAAGGCAUAGGCAGAGACAGCUGGAUUGGACCGCAUCGCCGUCAAUCGACUUCUGCACGCCAUGUCCGCCUCUUUGCCCGGGUCGCGGGACCUGCCUUCGUCCCAGUAUGACUUGUCGACGUACUACGGACGUGUGAGGCACACGAUGAGCAUCACGGAUCCGAGCACCCUGCUUGCUGGUUCGCAAGGACUCGAGAAUGCCAAAAGACUUGUCACAGAGUACAAGACUGGAAAGCUGCAACAUAUGACACCGGAAAUAUGGCACGCGAAGAAGAUUGUAGACUCGACUCUCCAUCCCGACACUGGAGAACCAGUCUUUCUGCCUUUCCGAAUGUCAUGCUUCGUCCUAUCGAACCUCAUCGUCACGGCCGGUAUGCUGCAGCCUGGCCUGGGAACAGCAGGCACAGUCGCAUGGCAGGUUGCCAACCAGUCCCUCAACGUUGCCAUCAACAGUUCGAACGCAAACAAGUCCUCGCCGAUGACCACUGCGGAUCUCGCCAAGUCCUACGGUAUCGCCGUCACGGCCUCUUGCUCGGUGGCGCUCGGACUCAACGCCCUGGUGCCAAGAUUAAAGGUCUCUCCCAGCACACGAAACGUUCUGAGCAGACUCGUGCCUUUCGCCGCUGUCGCAACCGCCGGUGCCCUGAACGCAUACCUCAUGCGACGAGGAGAGAUUGUCACGGGCAUUGACGUUCGCCCUGUGCUCUCGGACGAGGAGAAGAAGAAGCUGACUGAGGAGGGAAAAUCUGAGGCGGAUGUGCCCUCUCUGGGCAGGAGUCAGAAGGCGGCCAAGAUUGCAGUGUACGAAACUGCGGCCAGCCGCGUUAUCAACAAUACCCCCAUCAUGAUCAUCCCGGCCAUGACUCUCUACCACAUUCAGUUCAAGCAGGCUUGGUAUAAGAACUUGAUGGAGAAGGAGUGGAUCAAGGCUCGACCGCGAAUUGCCUCCUCAAUUCCCAUUGGUAUCAACUUGGGGCUGAUCGCGGCGGUUGGAUUUGUGGCACUUCCUCUGGCACUGGCAGUCUUCCCUCAGAGGCAGGCAAUCAGCGCCGAGAGCCUGGAGCCUGAGUUCCAUGGCAAGGGAGGCGACAGUGGCAAGGUUUGGUUCAACCGUGGUCUGUAAGAUGACAUGGACACGCUGAACAACAUAUAUGAUACCGCUUCUCGGCAUAUAUUGGCGAGGAGAUGGUAGGGGAUGGCGCUUUUCGAGCGCUUAGACCGGACUUGUUCACUUGACGACGAUUUCGGCCAGCAUAUGACGGCUUUUCCGACAACUAUGCAAGAAUUUCCUGGAUGGAUGCGCUGUUCAAGGACUAUCUAACAGAGAAGUGGCUGAGCAAAGGCUUGGAAGAUUCCUGGACCGACAGAUGUCACAACGGCAUUGGUAGACGGUAGAAGGCUGAGUGCAUAGAGUUUAUGCCUAGAUGUUUAUGCAGAGCUUCAUUUUUUGCGUUGCAUUUGCUUUUCGUUAGACGAUAUAGUAGAUAAAAAGAUGGUAGAUAAAAGACCAUGACGAGUUAUGUUAACGAA